AAAAUGAGGGUCUAAAUUUAGAAAUAUUCACUAUCAUCAGCAGAAUACUUAAAGGAACUUUUUAAUUCAAUUAUGAGAUAAUACAAGAUUUCUUAAUGUUCUAUACUCAUCAAGAUGGAUUAUGAAGGACAAUUCAUUAGAAAUUACUUCACAGCGUUACCAUAUGAUAUCAUACAUCGUAUUAUUCAAUUGAUUCCUUAUAGCAAAAUAAAAUUGUUGAUACAAGUAAAUGCAUUUGAACCAGCCGUUUGCUACUAAUUAUGCAAAGAUGUUUUUAUACGGAAAGAUGAACCUCCUGAACCAAAUCAAUUGAUGCGUAUUGGAGUAGUAUUAGGUGAACCGUACAAACCAUAUGAACUAUUUAGAUUUUGCGAUCAUGGAAUAAUGUUAGAUAGAUGGCCAAACAUUUUAAAGAAUAACCUACCUAGAAGUCUUCAUAUCCAAGGAAAUAUUGAGGAGAUAACAAAUUAUUUAUUUGAAAACUCAAAUAGGAUAAAUUCAAUUGAUGAUAUAAAAAUCUCAUUACGUAUCGAUUUAUGUCCCAUACCGAGAGCAAGGAUUUCUAUUAAGAAGCUUUUAUUAGAAAAAUUAACAUUAUUUCAAAUUUGUUUUUCAUUAAAGAAGUAUCUGGCAUCUGCCAGAGAAGUAUUAGUUAAAUUCAAGAUUGAUACAAGAGAUGAUUUAGAAGAGUUAAAGAAAUUUUCGAAUAAGUUGGGACGUCCUAGACUGUUGUUUACUAUUUAUGAAUGUUUGCCAAACACUGUUACUUUUAUGAGACUUACUAAUGCUAAGGAGCUUCCUUUCUUUAAUAAUUUAAAUCAUUUGAAAUCAUUGUCAUUUAUUGAUGUAGAUAUUCAAUAUUUAAAAUUACCUGAUUCAUUGGAGAAUCUUACUUUCAGUAGUAGCAGAUUCGAAGAUCUGGUCCAAGAAAUUAGAUUUUCACCUAAUUUGAAAUCUAUUAAGAUUGCAAAUACUAUGUAUAAGCAUAACCAGACUUUUUCAAAUUGGCCAAAUACAUUAAAAUCAUUAACAAUGGAGAAUAAUUAUGGCAGAGAUUGUAUUAUAAGUGAUUUACCUAAUAGUUUGGAAUUUUUACUAAUAUCCCUGUUAAAAUCUUUUAAUGACAUUAAUUUGAAUAUUGAAAUAUUUCCAGAAUCUUUGCUAGAUUUAACAUUAUUAAAAGUUGUUUUUCCUCAAGAAUUUAAUAGCGAAAAGAUUCCUCAAAGAUUGAAAAGAUUGGAAUUGUCAAUAGAUUUGACAUCAUUAAGUGAUUGGGUAUUACCAGAUUCAUUGAUUCACUUGAAUUUAGACAAUAAUAUUAUAGAAAGUAUAACUGAUUAUAACAAUCCCAAUUUAAAUAAAGAUUGGCAACAGUUGACACAUUUACGAUACUUAUCACUAGCGAAUAAUUCAAUAACUCAAUCCUCAAUAAUCGAUUGGUUACCACCCCCAACUUUAAACUACCUAACCUUACGAGCAAAUCAAAUUAAUGAUUUGAAUAUUUCACUUUUCAAAGAAGAAGGGAGAAUAUAUACCAAUAAUCUUCUUAAAAUUGAUGUUUCUCUCUGUCCAGUCACUAGCAUUCCAGAUGAUUUCUAUUUCCCAGAAAAUGUGUAUGAAUUCUAUCUAAGUGGAACAAAUCUUCAAUCAAGGUUUCUUCCAUUUUCUAUAAGAUCUAAGAGAUUAACUAAGAUUAUUACUCGUGACACAGACUAUAAAUUAGACAAGUAGUUCAAUAAAAUACUAGUGGUGUAAAUAUGUUCAGAGUACAUAGAAAGGAACUUACAAGUGCUGCAACCAAAAUUUUGCAGUCACAUUCUCUUAUAGAAAUACAUAU